CAAUAAUUGAAUGCUUCAAUUCUGACAGAUUGUAUGUUAAUUCAUAAUUAUGAAUUAUGCAUGCACAAGAAGGAUAUGAUGCAUAGAUUGAAGUUAUGAUAUUUAUGAAGAUAAAUAUGAAAUGAGCCACUAAAUAUCUUAUCGAUAGUGAAUCCCAUCAUCUAUGGAUUUUGGUCUUGAGCGCCCUCCUAAUCUUGUCAACGAGAAUCAAUAAUUCUCAGCGAAUGAAGAUGUCACGUACGGCAUCGGCGUUCGCGGAGCUCCUACAGUCAUCUUUGAGUUCCCGAACAGUCUAUGUGAAAUGCAUUCCUUCCCCGGUAACAUUCUUCGAGCGGCGGUCUGUUUUACGAGCUGUCCAAAAGCUCUCAUUCGAGACCAUCGAUACCUUCAAGAAGCUCGAAGAUAAUUCUUCCUUCAUUGUCGUCACAAGUAAACCGGACGCGGCGGCCGCCUUAGUCAACGCUUCACCUGUCACACGUGUUGUCGUUGCGCAAGAUCCGAAUGCGGCCGGCGGCGAACCGACUACCUCAUCAUGGGGUGCCGAAUACGAUGUGCGGGGGUCUAUAACUGCCCCUAUCGACCCGAUACCACCCUCGAGAGAGACAGAAUCUACACCCGCUCUUAAGGAUCUAGGCAUAUCCUAUAUAACCUUUACCUUGCACAUGUUUGCCGCGAAUAGAGCGUAUAAUCAUCUCGACGCGAUCAAGAAGAACCCUCUUCACGGACCGUGGCCAUCUAGCGAUGGCGAUGAAAUGGAGACAUUCAGAUCCGCUGCUUUGCGCCAGUGCGUACCGGCAGGCGCAAUGGCCCCGGCGUUGCGGGAUUGGGAUACUGCCAAUCAACUGUUGCGGGAUUCUACGAGUUUCUCAGAGGAAGGUGUCGAAGGGGCUUCCACUACGCUGCUCGGGAAACAGCGUCUGAAGCGUAAGCAUAUCUUUAUUUUGGAGCGGAUUCGGAAUCGGCAGAAUCGGAACAUGAUACCGGCUAUCAUGAGAAGUUUGGCAGCUUUCGCAGACGGCACAGCCUGCGAUAAACCACCUCUUGUUGAUCCGCUCCCCCAAAAGACUUUACCCGGGAAAACGGAUGACUGGGCGGUUAAACCUGAACUUACUAAGAGUGUAGGCGCGUCAAUUUAUGAUGCGCCUCAUUCACCCGACACACGCGAUGCGUCUGAUGCAUUUAAUGACAUCCCUUCAGAUCUCGAGGGUCUAUCGCUGAACUCAAUUAAAACAGAAAUCGAAGAAGAAUCGCCUAAAGGAUAAGCCGCCGUUUAUAAACAUCAGAUUCAUCUGAACUUAGGUGUUAUGUGGAUAUCAUAUAGAAACAUUUAUCACGUCGAUUGAAACAUACAUCCAAGUCUACAAUGCUCGGGAUGAAUUCAAUUGGGAUUAAGUCUAAAAGACCUUCGGAAUUCGCAGUCGC